UGCCGGUCCCAAGACGGGGAAAGUGAGGAGGGUUGAACAUAGAAUCAGCAACCGCAUCCCGUUGAAAACAACUUUGCUAAAUGUACAUUUACCAUAAAAACAACUUGGAUCAAUGUAUAUCUGUGGCUGGUCCUACGUUGUAGCUCACUGACUCUCCUUGACUAUGAAAUACAACUGACCUGUUACUAUGAUCAGUCUUGAAUUUCUCAGGUACUGUUUGAGGGACUGGCUUUUCUUUAGUAACCUUACGUUGUUUCUUAUUCUUGAUCUGUAUUCAUUCAUCAACUUCCAUUGGAAUAGCAAUGACAGUCACGUUACACACAUUGUGGGAUCCUGGACUAUUGUUGAUGACUUGGGUAGUCAGGUUUUUAUUUUUCCUGCUAAAAAUGGACCUAGUCUUACUAUUAAGUUUUCUAGGCGUUUCCUGCUGACACUCAUUCUCAGGACGUUGGACAGAAGAAACUUCCUUUGAGCUUUUGUUUCUAACAAGCCCCUUUAUAAGCUGUCCUUUCUUUGGCCCAUGUAAGUCAAACGAUUCUGAGCUUCUCUGAGGUAACUUCACAUCAAUUUGUGUAUCGACCGAGCGAGUACUGUCUAUUGUGUCGUCUACGCUUGUUAAUACUUGUUUUGGCAGCAUUCACCACUGCAAUAGCUUUGGAUAGCAAGCUGUUUGCGUCCG